UACGCAUCACAAAGACUACAGCAAUUUUAGUGAACUGUACAGUGCGGAAAACGGCUGCAGCGCAGUGUAGCACUCUCCAGUUCCUUUGCGAAUAUUAACUACAGUGAUCGAUUGAGAGAUGGUUUCGCCAGUGACAGUGGUGAAGAGUGAGGGCCCUAAGCUGGUGCCCUUCUUCAAGUCUACCUGUGUCUACUUUGUCCUGUGGCUACCAACCUCUAGCCCUUCUUGGUUCAGCGCCCUCAUCAAGUGUCUACCCAUCUUCUGCCUGUGGCUCUUCAUGCUUGCCCACGGCUUCAGCUUCUUAGGUGCCCACUCCAGUGCCCGCAAGAUUCUGGCCGGACUCAUCUUCUCUAGCCUGGGAGACGCCUUUCUCAUCUGGCAGGAGGAGGGCUACUUUAGCCAUGGUCUGCUGAUGUUCGCCAUCUCCCACAUCCUCUACUCCUCGGCCUUCGGUAUGAAGCCCCUGAACCCGCUUGCCGGCCUGGUGAUCGGCGCCAUAUCGGCCGUGAGCUACGCCCUGCUCUACCCCUACCUCUCAGGCCCCUUCACCUACCUGGUGGGGGUCUACAUCGCCCUGAUCGGCUUCAUGGGCUGGCGGGCCGUGGCCGGCCUGCAGUUGGCCAAUGAUCUGUGGACCUGGACCAAGAUGUCGGCAUGCCUGGGCGCUGUGCUCUUCAUGGUCUCCGACCUCACUAUUGCCGUUAACAAGUUCUGCUUCCCUGUGCCGCACUCACGCGCCAUCAUCAUGGCCACCUACUACGCCGCGCAGAUGCUGAUCGCGCUCUCCGCCGUCGAGUGCCAGGAUGUGAAGACGGCGAGGAAGAGGGCAUGAAGAGGAGAGAGCGAGGUCGCGAAAUGUGAUCAAGAAGAUGUGAACGGGGCAGCCAAUCCCCCUUGUUUUUGUCAUGGACAUAUUCCAGAGACAGUUACCCCCCAAACCCCUGCUUUGGUUGUAGCGUCGCAUUCACACACCCUUGUUACCAUGGAAACUAGUGUACUACCACCAGCCUGCCCCAUGGCUAGUGGGACAGGCAAAGACCCUAGUUACCAUGGAGACAAGUGCACUACCUUUAACCCCCAACUACUGCCCUACAGUUCUCGUAGAUACAUCCUAGUUACUAGAGAGUAGUGCACUACAACUCCCCCACCUCACUGCCUAGGAUUUUGGUACAGAUGACCAUACAGAUCACCAUGUCAAGGUUUGUGUGUGCGUGCGUGUGUAUUAGGUUAGAGCAUUCAUACUAUAUAACCUACAGAUGAGUGUGAAUUGUCAUGACCUGCUACAAUAAUAGCACUUCUUCAUUCUGUCCCCCGGUCAUUGGCUGCCCCCUCCCCCUCCAGCCCAUUUACAGUAUAAUGUGGUCCAAUAUUGCAAAUUCAAAUGGGUGUGCUUUCCUGUGGAGUAUUGUCUUUGCCACUAUUUUAUCACCAUUCUUUUAUUUAUCUCUGAGAAGGUAGUUGUUUUAGUGAAGAAGUUUGCACAUCUCGACUCGUUAUGGGGGAGGUAGUGUCCACUCUAUUGCUGUCUGUUCUCAUGUAUUUAGGUACUCAGUCAGGAGCACAUCCACCCCCCUUUUUACUGAUUUUAGUCUCUUCCAUUUCACUCAAGACAGCCAAACUGCCUUUUGUACUUCUGCACACCACACUCUUAUCAGAAUACAUCCUCUCUCCUGUGUCUAUGAGCCUAUGAAAAUUGCCCUGAAUGUCUGCCAUGUGAUAAGAAGAGAGAAUUUACCUAGCUUGCUGUUGCUAACUAAUUUAAACAUUGGGUUGCUAUUUUA